UAUAUAUACAUAUAUAUGCGUGUAUAUGUUCCAGCAGUCAGUGAUUGCUUAACAUCAGUAGGGAGAGCAUCGUCUCCCUUUCUCCACUACACCGGUGUCUGGAUCCUCCCAACACACUGCUGUCUUCUUGUUAAGUCACAGAACUCAGGUGCAGCAGCACACUUCACAACACACUGUAAGAGCUGGCUUCUUUGCAGAGCUUCGUCAAACUUACACCAUAACAUGAGUAUUCACGUAACGAGACAACCCAGUAAUGUAACGAGGUGUGAGGGAGGAUGUCACUGUGGUGCAGUCAGGUUCCAGGUCCUCGCACCUACAUCUCCAACUGUUAUUGACUGCAAUUGCAGCAUCUGCCUUAAGAAACAGAACAAGCACUUCUUGGUACCUUCAAGUUCCUUUAAGCUAUUAUCAGGACACGACUGCCUGACCACCUACUCCUUCAACACCCACACAGCUAAGCACACAUUCUGCAGCGUCUGUGGCGUCCAGUCCUUCCACAUCCCCAGCUCUCCUCCAGAUUCCUACGGAGUGGCGCCUCACUGCUUGGAUGACGGAGCUAUCAAGAAGGUCACUUACAAGAAGGUUGAUGGCAAGAGCUCUGUUCCGGCCGUUCACAAGGACUCAAACAGUGACAGAAACAAUGGUAACACCACUGCCCAGUCAUCUCCGAAUACAGUGAACAAGAACCUCAAAAAUACCUCGCAGAACCUCACAAGCGAAAUAACUGAUAAGAACUCACGGCAAUCCACGCCGAAAACCUCUUCUCGCGACAAAGCAGAGGAUAAGAAAAAUAAGAAAUGCAGCAAUAAGAACUCUACAGUCGACAAGGCACUUAAACUAGUUAUUCAAAAGAAUUCGAGCGUAGAUAAAAACGCAAGUAAGAGCCCAGCAUCUUCACAGUCAGACGCCAUCAAGGACACCAGAAAACAAGAACAGAACGGUACUAUAAGUACAAGUGGUAAGAAGCAGGAGACCACACAAGCCUCCUCCACCGCCGUCACACACAGUGGGAAGAAGGAAGGAGACUCAUCUCGUUGUUACACUGUCAACUCAAAGAGGAUAAAUCAAGGAGCCUCCACCUCCUCAUCAGCUUCCUCCUGUUCAUCAUCAUCCAUUACCUCCUCAUCAUCAUCCACCUCUUCUUCCUUCUCGCACAGGAACUUCAUCGUCACUAAGGUGGACGACAAGAACUAUGUGCAGUUCUUGCACAUGAACUCCAUACCAAGGCAAGACAAUGAAGUCAGCUUGUUGUGACGUUCAACCACACAUUAGUCGAGUUUACAUUUAUUACUAAACUUUGCUUGAAAUAUUCCAUGGAAUUUACCUUUAGCAUUAGCUCUCCGUUUUAUUUUUUUAAUUUCUGGGAAUUUUUGCGAGGUUUUCUGUUGUGGUAAUGCAACAUUAAGACAGUAGGAAACCGUCAAAAAGUUGCAUGGACGGGUAUGUCUGUGACAACAUUAUGGUAGAACUGUGAGAGUCCUCUUGAUUUUGUAAGGAUAUAAUCUACAAAGUGGCUCUUGUCAUGGCAAAAUCUUGACUGUUUCUUCAGAUAAAUGCAUAAUUUGUAUUAUAAACCACUACAGAUAUAUGUAUGUAGUAUGGUGGUUGUCUCCUUAAACCGUCGCUAUAGUUUUCACUUGUUUGCUUUUUUAUGUGUACCUCAGGAUUGGUGAAUUGUGACCCGUCCCCAUUUUAAUUUUACUCCGUAUAUGCAACUUUUUGCUUCAUGUAAGUCAGUCAUGUUUUAUUCCAUUAGAAUAUGCUUCCUCCAAUACCAUGUGCUGCCACUUUAAUAAUCUCUCUGGGUCUUUAUUAAAAUCGAAACAAGUAACUUGGUAUUUAUGGUUCAGGUUCUUCAAUUACAUCUAAAUUAUUUACGAAGGUCUUUAUAUUUGCCAGAACUUGAACAAGGCAAAUUAUAUAAUUGGUUCUGUAACAAGCUGCUUAAAAAAAACAAUCCUGGAUGACCUCUAGGAAGUCGUUGCACUUCAGACUUCCCACAAACUUGGCUGAAAUAAAAAUCCCCUAGGAUUACUACAUCUUUUGUUCUUUGAAGACUUAACGAUCUCGUCGUAUAGUGCACCCUGACCAGUUUCCAAAUUUGGGAGUCUGUAUAACAUUUCUAAUUACAACUUUUCAUAUCCUAGAGAUUCUCUCUCAAGACAAAUUAUGUAUGUAUCCUUUAAAUGCAGCAAUUCAAACUUUCUGGGACACAUAGUGCCACUACUUAACUCCACUCUGCUUCCGGUUAUUUUUAUGAACGUGGAACAACGCAAACCCCUGAAUGUGGCACUCGGCAAGCACAUCUCGACUCAAGAUUAAACAAGGUCUCAGUUGUUGCAGCGUCGGCAACAUAUCCUACGCAUACAACCAGUCUCAACUUGUUUUUCAUGUGUCUAUUGCUAAGAAAGUUCUGUAUUUUCUCCUUGUUCAUAUUUACUUUUCCACUAUUUCUGGUAUUAUCAUUACCCAUUGUUUCUGACUUUUUUUUAUAUUAUUAUUAUUAUUAUAAUAAAAAAGAAGCGCUAAGCCACAAGGGCUAUACAGCAUUUUUUUUUAUUUUUUAUGUAUCGCUCUGCUUGACAUCAACUGCCAGUUUUACCUUGCUCCCUUGGUAACUGUUUUACCUUGCUCCCUUGGUAACUGUUUUACCUUGCUCCCUUGGUAACUGUUUUACCUUGCUCCCUUGGUAACUGUUUUACCUUGCUCCCUUGGUAACUGUUAGUGGUACAAUCGAUACUAUUAGUCUUGAUUAUUUAUAAUGCCUUGAUCUAUAGUACCACAAUCCCUUGUUUUUCAAUAAAGAAUCAUAACUGUAUUUUUUAAACUCGACGCACUACAACAACAGUUGGUUUAGCGUUCCCUUUUGUUAAUAAUAAUGCAGCAACAGUCCUUCGACGUAACAAGGUAAUGCUGUUAUCCUAGGUAAAUGAACGCUUCCUUCAUAUACAUGCCAUUUUUAACACAGAAAUGGUCCCAAUUAUUAAUAAAUGGUACUGCAAUGC